AAUGAAUCAUCUUUAUUUGUUGCAUUGACAAAUGAUAAUUAUCACUGUGUGUGUGUUUGAAACUUGAACAUUUUCCGUGAUUGACAUCAUCAUCAUCAUUAUUUAUCUAUUCAUCAUGGAUGUUUUACCCGAUAUAAUUACACCGGAACAAGAAAAGAUAUUAAAUAAUUUUCUACAAGUGGUCAAUAGAUCACGUAUACAGAAUAAUGAACCAUUAAUGCGUCCACGUACAGCAUGUAAAUUUUUAAUGGCACGUAAAUUUGAUCUUGAUCGUUCAUUAAUGUUAUAUAAAUCACAUGAAACGAUACGUUUUCGUGAAGGAUUAGUCAAAUUUGAUCCAUUAAAAGAUCCAUUAAAACGUGAAUUAGAAACGGGAAAAUUUACAAUACUUCCAAAACAGGAUAAGACUGGUUCAAUGAUUGCAAUGUUUUCCGCUGGCAAACAUAUACCACAGGAAACGACACAUCAAACAACAUUACAAGGUGUUGUUUAUCAAUUGGAUGUUGCAUUAGAUGAUGUUCAAGCACAAAAAUCCGGAAUCAUAUUCAUUUAUAAUAUGAUUGGAUCAAAAUUAAAUAAUUUUGAUUAUGAACUAAGUCAUAAAAUUUUAAACCUUUUAAAAGGUGCAUAUCCUGGACGAUUGAAAAAAGUUUUAAUAUUAUCAGCACCAAUGUGGUUUAAAACACCAUUUCGUAUAUUACAAUUUUUUAUACGAGAUAAAUUAAGAGAUCGUGUACAUAUGAUUAAUUUAGCACAACUUUCUUCACAUAUUUCAUCAGAAUUAAUACCGAUUGAUCUCGGUGGUACAUAUCAGAUUAAUCAUCAACAAUGGUUAGAACAUUGUUUACAGGUACAUAAAAAUGAUAUGGGUGAUUUAUGUCCAUCAUUUCCAUCGGAUAAAACAUUAUUUCCAACACCACCAUCAUCAAAUGUAUCAUCAUUAAAUAGUUCACCAAUCGGUACAAUGAAAAAUAAAUCUGUAAAUAUUAUGAAUAAUAAUAACAACAACAAUUCGGAUAUGAUAACAACAACAGCCAAUAGUUCAACAACAACAGCCACAUUUCCUCCGCCAUUGAUAAAUGGCUGUAAUAAUGUCACAACAAUACAGACCAUGAUGAAUAAUAAUGUUGAUUAUGAUAAUGAUAAUGAUGGUCCAUCACCAAUAGGUCAACCAAAUGAAAUUGAAUCAAUGUUAGAAAUUUAUGAAGAAAUUGAUGAUGAUAUUGAAGGUGUUACAUUAGAAGAAUUUCUACAACAUCUUAAUCAGAAAAAACGUAAAGGAAUGCUUGAUGAAUAUAAUGAGAUAAAAUUAACACCACCGACCGGUACAUUCGAUACGGCACGUAAUAAAGCUAAUCAACAGAAAAAUCGUUAUGUUGAUGUUUUAACUUAUGAUCAUAGUCGUGUUCGAUUACCAAUGAUCGAUAAUGAUCCUAAUUCGGAUUAUAUUAAUGCCAAUUAUGUUGAUGGUUAUCGACAAAAAAGAGCUUUCAUCUCAACACAAGGUCCAUUGACAAAAACAUUUGUCGAUUUUUGGAGAUGUGUAUGGUAUAAUAAAACAAUUGUGAUUGUAAUGACCACACGAACAAUGGAAAGAUGUCGUGCCAAAUGUGGCCAAUAUUGGCCAUUAGAUGAGAAAGCUACAUCAAAAUUUGGUAAUUUUCUUAUCAUCAAUAAUCAUGUUGAUCAGGAUAAAGAUUGGAUGAUAUCGAAUCUAACAUUGGUCAAUACGGAUACAAAUGAACGUCGUACUAUUGUUCACAUGCAAUUUACUAGUUGGCCCGAUUUCGGUGUUCCCCAGUCAGCUAUUGCAAUGCUUGAAUUUCGACAAAAAGUUCGAGAUUAUCAAAAACAAUAUCUAAAAACGAUCGAUUGGAAGGGCCAUCCUUUAGGACCACCAAUCGUUGUCCAUUGUAGUGCGGGCAUUGGUCGUACUGGUAUGUAUUAUUCUUAUUGUUAUUUGUUUCCAGGCACAUUUAUCACGAUCGAUAUUAGCAUACAACGAUUAGAUGAUCGUGGCCGUAUCGAUAUUAAAAAAACGGUGGAAAAAAUUCGUCUACAACGUGCCUAUAGUAUUCAGAUGCCCGAUCAAUAUGUAUUCUGUUGUUUAGCCGUACUCGAAUAUGCAAUGUGGAAAGGUUUAUUGGAAAAUGUUAAUCUAACAAAAUUCGAAGAAAGUGAUCAAUCAGAUACUGAUGGUGAUUGAUUUGAUAUCGAUUUAUUUCAUCCUUCUUUCAAAAUGAAUGAUUCAAAUUCGAAUGAGAAAAUCAAUCAUUAAUCUGAAAAAAUAACACAUACACACACACAGAAACUA